UUAAACUUUCAAAUCAAUACACACAAACACAAGCAACACAACACAACACAACACAACACACCAGCACACUCCGUCAAAAUUCCACCAAAUUUGUUCAAAAUUGCGCCAAGCUUUGUUGCCAUGUGUCUGGAGACCAUACCGACCAAUAACAAGACGCUGGCUCUGAUCAACCAAGGCUACAAGGUGCUAGCCGAGUACCAAAUGAUCGAGCAGAAGCAGUUAAAGGGCAUCUAUGCGAUACCCAGCUAUUCCAGCGGCUUGCUUUGGUUCGGUGUGAUCUUCAUACACAGCGGCUUGUAUGCGGAGAGCGUGUUCCGCUUUUCCAUAUUGCUGCCAGAUCAGUUUCCCGAGGAAUCCAGUUUGCCCACGGUCAUCUUUCAGAAGGACAUCUUCCAUCCACACAUUUGCCCGGUGUCGCACAGUCUUGAUCUGGCGCCCCUCUUGAAAGAGUGGAAAAAAGAUCAGCAUCAUAUCUGGCAUAUACUCAAAUACAUUCAGGCGAUAUUUGCCGAUCCCGAAGGCAGUGUCUGCAGUACCCAAAACGGCGACCCCAUUCCACUAACUGAGGUUAACAACAUGGAGGCCAUGCGUUUGUUAGCUAACAAUCGCGUAGACUUUGCGCUCCGUGCCAAAGUUAGUAUUCUUUGGAGCUGCCAGCAUAUGUUUGAUGAGCCGCCCAUCAAGGAUCCACACUACAUAAUCUUCGAGCGCUAUUGCCCGGAAAAGCAUCAGACCAUGAUGGAACGCCUCAAGAGUCGCAGCUGGUACGAGCUAUCGGCCCCAAAGACCCCAAAGCGUUCAGUGUGUGUGGCUCGUAUGGAUUCUGCCCGACAAUUGCUUGAGGACGAAGAGGCGCAAGUGGUCAAUGCUGCUGGCAGCAGUCUGAAUUAGCGGAGUAAGCUCUCGACUAGAACAUUUUGGCAUUCUUAAAGCAAUUCGUGUGCACCUAAUGGCAAUGCAAAAAGAAUGCUCUAGUCGAGAAACGCACGCUACACACCGUUCUACAAUACAUACAAAGUGUGUUAAUUAUGUUAUGUAUAUUUGGAAUAAGGUCUUGAUCCGAAAACUUGUGUGCUUACAAUAAGAAAUUUUGAAAAACAA